UGACUUAAUCUAUUUUGCACCGCUUGGUAAACAAUUCAAAAACGCAUAUAUUUUUACCCUCGAAACCGUUGCACUACAUUUAAUUACACUUCAACAACGCGCGGAGUGUCUCGUCCAAAAUCCAUCGACGAUGGUGUUACUUUUUAAUCACUCAAUGUCAAGUCAAUGAGACGAGUCAAGUGUCGGAUGUCACGAUUAAUUUCUGGUCGUUGUUUUUUUAUGGCAUCGUUCGACUUGCAGACGGUCAUUGUCUCGGCAGCGGAUUGCAAUCCACCCCGGACGAUCCAUUUGCACAUGAUAGGAUUCCACGUGCGGCAAUGGUGAUAGCCGUACUAUUGUUUCUGGACCUGAUGACGUCCGCGACCGCCGUCGGAAUGACGUCGUUGGCCGACGCGGUCGCUGCCCAAAACAACGGCAGUAGGUACGUGACCGAGUUGUUCGAUUGUCUGGCGAACGUGACUCGAACGUACUUCGACCGACGGACCAUUUACAUUUACUUCCGACAGUCGAACACAACAGAGUACGCUGCCGCAGUGGACGCAUUCGCCAUGGCCGUGCAGAGCCCCAAAAUGAUAGUGCCCUAUUCGUCGUUUACCACGCAAGAUACCCCGCUGCAGCAGCAGACGAGGGGCGGUGUGUUCGCGUUCCUGGCCGAAGACAAGUUGUACAGGCAACUGCUGAACACCAAGCAGCGAAGUCACUUCGUGAUAGUGUGGACGAGGCAGAUACCCAUGUACAACGUCCGGCGCACAUUCAAAGAAUUCUGGGGCGUGGGUAGGCAAAUAAACGUGGUCGGGCUGGUCCGGAUGGACGGCGGUGGCGUGAACGCGUACACGUACAGGCCGUUCUCCAAUUACGGGUGCAACAAGCUGGGCCGGCCGUUCCUGUUGGACCGUUGGGUGGACGGGCGGUUCAAGGUGGGCGUCGACCUGUUCUCCAGCAAGCCGAAGAUCGGCAACAUGCUCGGCUGUCCGCUCCGGUGCGCCGGCAACGAGCAACCGCCGGACACGGUGUUGCGGCCCGUCGGCGGCACGCCGCAGCAGCCGCUGUGGACCACGUUCGGCGUCGGCGGCAAGGUACUGGAGAUCGUGGCCAAGCAAAUGAACUUCACGCCGGUCAUCAUGUCACCGAAAGGCGACGUGUCGGAGAUGUACAGCUGGUACAACAGCGCCGAAGUGUUGGACAACAUAACGGCUAUGCUGGACUCGGAGGAAGCCGACUUGGCGUUCGGCUGGUAUUCGUACGCCACGCACAACAGCGCGUACAGCACCAACACGGAACUGGCUCGGACUACGAGCAUCGACUGUCUGGGAUGGGCCGUUCCGUACCGGGCGGGCCCGCCACCGCAGCCCUGGACCAAUUACGUUUAUGAGUUCGACAAAAUUGGAUGGUUGUUCAUCGGCUCUAUGUUCGUAAUUGUUGUCGGCGUGUUCCACUUCUUUCGGAAGCUGAAAAAGCUGCAAAACGUGGAUUCGGUAGUGUUUUUCGUGUACCACACGGCCAUCGACCAGCCGCUGGGCGUGCGGCCCGUAUGGUGCAGCCUCCGAGCGUUCAUGGUGCACUGGCUGUGGUAUUGCAUGGUCAUCAACGUGGCGUACAAAGCGUCGCUUGGUAGCUUCAUGACGGUACCCGCGCACGGUGCAGAAUUCACCCGGAUGGAGGAGAUACUGGACUCGGAACUGAUCACGAUGGCCACGCCACGGUCGAUGCAAAUAAUGAACGCGACGACGGCCACCACGCGGAUGUCGCGGACGUUUAUGAAGCGGCUUCAGCUGCUACCGCCCACCAACUUCGAGCGGAUCAUCGACCGGCUGGUGGUGAAGCGCGACAUCGCCCUGUUCGAAGUCAAACGGUUCAUGUACUACUAUUCCAUACCCCAAGCCAAGCGCAUCAAGGUCAAGAUACCCAUACGGUUUCUGCCCGGCUGUCUGUUGCGCACGCACACCACGCAGAUCAUGUUCAACGGCGGCUCGUAUCUCAUCGACCCCGUCAACGCCGUGCUCAGCACGCUCUUCGAGACCGGCAUCGUCGACCACUGGAUCACGCACCUGGGUUCCAACAAGGUGCUGCCGUUAGAUAAGAUCCGCGGCCGGGUACUCAAGCUGGUCCGACUCAAGGAAGCGUUCCUGUUCCUGUUGUUCAGCUACGCCGUCGCGUCCGCCGUGCUCGUGGUCGAGAUCUGCUGGUCUGCGAGACUGCACCGCCGGCUAUUAUCGCGGCUUAUCCUGCAGCGGACGUGUCCGGUCCGAUCCCGCACGGUGGUCAAAAAUCACAACUAGUAUAAAUAGCAGCACGUAGGCAGAAGAAUAGUAGGUAGUAUUUUUCAGACGUAGUAGCCACGUUUUCAAAUUAUAUUUGUUCGCUUGCUAGUUAUUAUGUCACCGAAUUAUACUGUACACAAUUAUAUUGUUAUAACCAAUAAUGUUUUUAUAAACCAUGCAUUUCACAUUUAACAACAUUCAAAAAUGUUUUAACUGUCAAAUUCCCGCGUUCAAAUUUUGACCUAAAAGAU